AUGGGUUUACGGCGUUUUCAUGAAGAAGAAGAAGAGACCGAGCCUAUGUCUCCAAAAUCAAGGAGACCCAAAUCCUUUCACCAAUCUACCUUACCAAAGUGGGGAACUCAUAUAUGCACCAAAACCGCCGUUAUUGAUACCGCCGGUGCUUCAAUCAACUGCUUCGGUGACCGCCGUUCUUCUAGCCCUAACUCCUACGAAUCAACUGAUGCCAAAGGAAUCGCGGUUGUGAGAGAGAAGCUCAUGCAUGAACUAAAAACUGAUUUGAAAACUGCCACUGAUAGAUUGAAGUACGCGUUUUUGAAUGGAGAAAGCAAAGCUCCGAUUACCUCAUCCGAUAAUGCAAAUGGUGAUUUCACUUCUCUGUCGAGAAUUGAAAUUGACGCCGCUGGCCAUGGUUUCGUCGAUCCUAUUUCGUCAAGGUUGAGAAGUAAUAUUCCUAGUAACGAGGUUGAAACACCGAAAUUUUCUCUUCAGCUCUUGAGGAAGGAAAUCGAUGAAGAUUUCAUGGUGUUGACAGGUUGUCGGCCUCGGAAAAGGCCCACCAAGAGGCCCAGAGUUGUUCAGAAAGAGUUAGACAAUGUUUUUCCUGGAUUGUGGCUAAGUGAUGUUAAUGCUGAAAAGUACAAGGUUCAUGAUACAAAUCAGAAUGAGAGAUCUGCGAAGAGGAAAGGGAAAAGGAAGUGUUUUGAUGAUGAAGAAUCAUCAUAUUAG